GUCAGUAACAGUUGAUAGUAAUGUCAGCGCAGUCUAAUUUACAGGCUGGAGCAGCAGCUGCAUCCUGCAUUUCCCUGAAGUAUUACAUGAUUUCACUCCUUGCAAACUUUAUCAUCGUUGUUGCAGAGAGUCGGAAAUCAAAAUGCAGUGCAAGGGCACAGUGACAUGCAUCAGAUUUCUCUUGUUGUUUCUUCUGCUUUUCAUGCUUAUCGGGAAGUCACACACUGAAGAUGAUACCAUAAUUACAACUGAGAAUGGAAAGGUCAGAGGGAUGAACGUGCCAGUUCUUGGUGGCACGGUAACAGCCUUUCUUGGAAUUCCCUAUGCACAACCACCUCUUGGUAGACUUCGAUUCAAAAAGCCACAGUCCCUGACCAAGUGGUCUGAUAUUUGGAAUGCCACAAAAUAUGCAAAUUCUUGCUAUCAGAACACAGAUCAAAGUUUUCCAGGCUUUCAAGGUUCAGAGAUGUGGAACCCAAACACUGACCUCAGUGAAGACUGUUUAUAUCUGAAUGUGUGGAUUCCAGCACCUAAACCAAAAAAUGCCACAGUGAUGAUAUGGAUCUAUGGUGGUGGUUUUCAAACUGGAACAUCAUCUUUACAUGUUUAUGAUGGCAAGUUUCUGGCUCGAGUUGAAAGAGUUAUUGUAGUUUCAAUGAACUAUAGGGUGGGUGCCCUAGGAUUCUUAGCUUUACCAGGAAAUCCUGAGGCACCAGGGAAUAUGGGUUUAUUUGAUCAACAGUUGGCACUUCAGUGGGUCCAAAAAAAUAUAGCAGCCUUUGGUGGAAAUCCUAAAAGUGUAACUCUCUUUGGAGAAAGUGCAGGAGCAGCUUCCGUCAGCCUACAUUUGCUUCAUCCUAGAAGCCACUCAUUGUUCACCCGAGCCAUUCUACAGAGUGGAUCUUCUAAUGUUCCUUGGGCAGUAAUGUCUCUUUAUGAAGCUAAGAACAGAACACUGGCUUUAGCUAAGUUUAUUGGUUGCUCUAGAGAGAAUGAGACUGAAAUAAUCAAAUGCCUUCGAAAUAAAAAUCCCCAAGAAAUUCUUUUGAAUGAGGUGUUUGUUGUCCCCUAUGGUACUCUUUUGUCAGUAAACUUUGGUCCAACUGUGGAUGGUGAUUUUCUCAUUGACAUGCCAGACACAUUACUCCAACUUGGACAAUUCAAAAAAACCCAGAUCUUGGUGGGUGUUAAUAAAGAUGAAGGUACAGCUUUUUUAGUGUACGGUGCUCCUGGUUUCAGCAAAGAUAACAACAGUAUCAUAAGCAGAAAAGAAUUUCAAGAAGGUUUAAAAAUAUUUUUUCCAGGAGUGAGUGAAUUUGGGAGGGAAUCGAUCCUUUUCCAUUACACAGACUGGUUAGAUGAUCAAAGACCUGAAAACUACCGUGAGGCCUUGGAUGAUGUGGUCGGGGAUUACAAUAUCAUAUGCCCUGCCUUGGAGUUUGCCAAGAAGUUCUCAGAAGUGGGAAAUAAUGCCUUUUUCUACUAUUUUGAACACCGAUCCUCUAAACUUCCUUGGCCAGAAUGGAUGGGAGUAAUGCAUGGCUAUGAAAUUGAAUUUGUCUUUGGUUUACCUCUGGAAAGAAGAGUUAAUUAUACAAAAGCCGAGGAAAUUCUGAGUAGAUUCAUAAUGAAACGCUGGGCAAAUUUUGCGAAAUAUGGAAAUCCGAAUGGGAUCCAGAGCAAUAGCACAAGAUGGCCAGUCUUCAAAAGCACAGAACAAAAGUAUCUAACCCUGAAUACUGAGUCACCAAGAAUAUACACUAAACUACGAGCUCAACAGUGUCGAUUCUGGACACUAUUUUUUCCCAAAGUCUUGGAAAUGACAGGAAAUAUCGAUGAAGCAGAACAAGAGUGGAAAGCAGGAUUCCAUCGCUGGAGCAACUACAUGAUGGACUGGAAAAAUCAAUUUAACGAUUACACCAGCAAGAAGGAACACUGUGCGGGUCUCUAAUUAAUAGAUUUACCCUUUACAAAAUGUUCGUUUUCCUGUAGGCCAAAGCAAAAAUAUUAGUAGCUCUCUUACACACCUACUAAGAAAGCUAUUAUAUCACUGAAACAAAAAUGCCAGAAGGAUAAUAUCGAUUCCUCAUAUCUUGCACUUAGUAUUUUACUUAGCAUUUCAAAGUCCAAAUGCCUGGAACAUGUUUAAUUAAAUUUCAAAAAAUAAAGUUUUACAAUUAAUUAUAUGCACAUUAAAAAGAUGUGCUGCUUUAAUCUCUCUCUUUCCUGAAUAACAUUAAGUUUUUUUCCCUAAAGUACCAGUAGUCUGUUUUGAGUCACAUGUGCAUUUCCAUUACCACUUAUAAAAAAAGUAUUUUUUAAAAAUGAAUUAAAUCAUGAAACACUGAAUACUCAGUUUAAAAUAUUAGUUUAUGAAUUUAAUGUCAAUAUGAGAUAUUAAAAUAACCCAGAAAACAAUUGUCCCCCUCUGUUUUUUAUAUAAAGUCAAGAGAGAAUCCUAGAAGAGCCUCAGCCACUUGGAAACACUUUAUGAUAGAAACAAAACGUUGCUACCAAGAGACAAAGUGCAAAAGGAUAUAAUUAUUUCUAUUAUGUAUGUUUUAAAAUAUGUAUGUUUAUAGUCCUCAAAUUAUAUUUUUUACUCUUUCAACUUUCCUCUUCUUCAACUCCUCCAUUCCCAACUCUCCCUAAACAUGUAUAAAUGUAAAUUACCCUUACUGUAACUUAAAAUAAAAAAGUUGGAUGAGCAGAAGUCUA